UAUUAUAAAAAAGUAAACCAAAAAGAUUUGUUUUUCUGGAGCACAGAGAGUGUGUGGUGAGAAUAGAGAGGGAUUUUGGCAAUGGCGACUGCCAUUUACGGUCGACUUCGUGCUUCCCCUAAUCGGCAUCUUCUUCAUUCCAAAUCAGGGGAAAAAUACUUGCUUCAUAAACAAAGCUCAAAAUGGAUCACGGUUAUGUCAAUGGCACCCCCAAGGCUGGAAAAAGGUGGCGGGGUGUUGGAUAAACCGGUUAUAGAAAAAACAACACCUGGCCGAGAGUCAGAGUUUGAUUUAAAGAAAUCACGGAAAAUGGCACCACCUUAUCGUGUGAUGUUACACAACGAUAACUAUAACAAGAGGGAAUACGUUGUGCAAGUGUUAAUGAAGGUUAUACCUGGAAUGACUGUUGACAACGCGGUUAAUAUCAUGCAAGAGGCACACAUCAACGGUUUAUCGGUGGUGAUUGUUUGUGGACAGGCGGACGCAGAAGAGCAUUGCACGCAGCUCAGAGGCAAUGGGCUUUUAAGUUCAAUUGAGCCCGAUAGUGGAGGUUGUUAGCUCGAGUACAUGCGUUCUGAGAAAACUAUGAUGGUUGUCAUUUGUAAGUACUAGGAUUAUGGUAAUGUUUCAAUAAUCAAAAGUACAAUAUAUAAUGAAUGAUGACAUAUGUGAUUACCAGAUGUUAUGCCAGUACUGGUCAGCCUCGGAAAGAUGUAUAGUAUACUUUGUUGUGUUCAUGGCGUGUUUUCAGUCUACUAGUAAAUAUAUGCCAUGUUCCAACACUUGGUUUCUUUGAAUUUUAUAUGUAUCUUUUGUUGCAA